AUGCACCAAACGGAGCAGCCAAGUGCCGGUUUGAGACGGGGAUGGGUGGUGCCGAAGGGAAGGGCGCGGCCAGCGCGGAGCCCCGGCCCUCGUCGCGCCCUGGGCAGCGGGGGCGCCCGGGAGGCGGGUGCGGCGCAGGGUCGCUCCGCACGCGGGCAGCAGGGGCGGGGGCGCUCUGCACACGGGGUAGCAGAGAUGGGGGCGCCCGGGGAGGCGGGCGCGGCGCGGGGUCGCUCCGCACACAGGCAGCGGGGGCGCCCGGGGUCACUCCGCACACGGGCAGCAGGGGCGGGGGCGCCCGGGGUCACUCCGCACGCGGGCAGCAGAGGUGAGGGUGUCCGGGGAGGCGGGGGUGUCCGGGGAAGCGGGCGCGGUGCGGGUCGCUCAGCAUGCAGGCAGCAGGGGCGGGGCUGGUCGCUCAGCACGCGGGCAGCAGGGGCGGGGACGCUCUGCACACGGGGUAGCAGAGAUUGGGGCGCCCGGGAGGCGGGCGCGGCGCAGGGUCGCUCCGCACGUGGGCAGCAGGGGCGGGGACGCUCUGCACUCGGGGUAGCAGAGAUUGGGGCGCCCGGGGAGGCGGGCGCGGCGCAGGGUCGCUCCGCACGUGGGCAGCAGGGGCGGGGACGCUCUGCACUCGGGGUAGCAGAGAUGGGGGCGCCCGGGGAGGCGGGCGCGGCGCAGGGUCGCUCCGCACAUGGGGCAGCAGAGGUGGGGGCGUCCGGGGAAGCGGGCGCGGUGCGAGUCGCUCAGCACAUGGGGCAGCAGGGGCGGGGCGCCCGGGGGGCGGGGUCGCUCCGCACACAGGCAGCAGGGGCUGGGGCGCCCGGGGUCACUCCGCACAUGGGGCAGCAGAGGUGGGGGUGUCCGGGGAAGCGGGCGCGGGGCGGGUCGCUCCGCACGCGGGCAGCAGAGGUGGGGGCGCCCGGGGAGGCGGGGCCGCUCCGCACACGCGGCGGGCGAGCCCUCGUGAAGGCGCAGCGCGGCCCGGCCGUGCCCAUCCUCCCCGGAGCCCCCAAGUCUGCCGUCCUGGGGAAGGCCGGGGGCUGAGACGACCCUCUCUCCAGGACGCGGGUGCGGACUGCCGUCCUCGGCGCGUCUGAGCGCUAUCACGUGACGGCCGCGCGGCACGUGUCCCCGGGCGGAGCAAGCGCAGAGCGGGGAGGGCGGCCCCUCUCGCGGUCCGAGCGGCUCUCCGGGCCUGAGGCGGCCGUCCUGGGGCUGGGGACCCGGUGACGCAGCUCCCUGCGCGCCCUCACCGCCGAGCCGCCUUGGUGUCGGGAGAGGCGGGCGGGGAUCCCGCGUCCGGCGGCGCGCGCUGUCCACCGCGGCGCACGUGCGGGCCCUGCGCCCGCGUGGGGACCCGAAAGCCGCCCCGGCCCGGCCGUCUGGGGAGAGAACCGGCGGACCGAGGGUCUCCACCCCCAAACCCCCUCCCACUCUCCCCUUUCAAAUAAUAGAUAAGCAGAUGUUUUCUGAAGCGAUACAUUUUUGAAAAAAAAAAAUUAGUGUAAUGAAGGUACCGGAGGAGACAUUGAAUUAAAUAUACAAACCACAACUGGACCCAGAUGAGAACUUAGCACAGUGUAAGAUGGUGUUUUGAAUGCAGAGAAGAUUCGUUAACGCUUGCAUUUCUGAUACUCCCCUCACAUGAUGAAUUCUGAAGGGGCGCAGCAGGGGAUGGCGCCGCGGGCGGUGACGCGUUAGAACAGGCACCGGCAGGGCCAAGGUCAAGAGAAGCGCCGGGCGGAAGCCGAGUCCCCGGUAGACGUUUUUUCCGUACAUUAAAAUGAAGGGGCAGAUUGGGGAAAAUCGCAUAAUGCCGCACGACGUGUUAGCGUCGCUUUCGUACGAGAAUUUUCUUACAGAUGAGUAAGGAAAAUAUGCACACCUCAAAGCCCAAAGGUGCUUCUCACGCGGGGCAGGUUUCCCGCGCCCUGGUGUGAGCGCUCAGGGUGCCCUCGGGGCUCUGGGUGCCCGGGGUGGGCAGUGUGGGCGCCAGUCCACGCAGGUGGAUCCGGAAACCGGACGGUGCUGUUGGCGGGAGAGAUGCCGCGGGCCGGGGCCCAGCUCCUGGUGUGCUGAGGCCCUGGGUAGCCGAGUCCCGGUCUGCCCCUGCACAAGGCCGCUGCUCUCUGUGCCUGUGGCUUGGAUGAGUCAGGUAAGCGGGACGUCAUCUCGUCAGACACUAACCCGGCGUCUCUGCACCUGCCGUGUUCUUCCAGCUCUUGGUUUGAGUGCGUGGCUGCAGGCAAUGAAACUUUUUUAAAAGGAGUUUAUUUAUUUAUUUUUUUGACAGGCAGAGUGGACAGUGAGAGAGAGAGACAGAAAGGUCUUCCUUUGCCGUUGGUUCACCCUUCAAUGGCCGCCGCGGCCGGCGCACCACGCUGAUCCAAAGGCAGGAGCCAGGUGCUUCUCCUGGUCUCCCAUGGGGUGCAGGGCCCAAGCACUCGGGCCAUCCUCCACUGCACUCCCCGGCCACAGCAGAGAGCUGGCCUGGAAGAGGGGCAACCGGGACAGAAUCCGGCGCCCUGACCGGGACUAGAACCCAGUGCCGGCGCCGCUAGGCAGAGGAUUAGCCUAGUGAGCCGCGGCGCCGGCCAAAAGGAGUUUAUUUUAUUUUUAUUUUUUUGACAGAGUUAGAGAUAGAAAGAUCUUCCUUUUUUCCAUUGUUUCAGCCCCAGAUGGCCACUAUAGCUGGCACUGCACCGAUCCGAAGCCAGGAACCAGGUGCUCCCUCCUGGUCUCCCAUGAAGGUGCAGGGCCCAAACACUCGGGCCAUCCUCCACUGCCCUCCCGGGCCACAGCAGAGAGCUGGACUGGAAGAGGAACAGCCGGGACUAGAACCCGGUGCCCAUAUGGGAUGCCGGCGUCACAGGUGGAGGAUUAACCAAGUGAGCCACGGCGCUGGCCCCGCAAUGAAACUUUUUAAAAAAAUUUUUUUCCACUUUAAAAAAAAAGUUUAAAUGAAAUAGGACUCCUGAGUCUGGUGCCUGUUUUGUUGUUUUGUUUUUUUAAUCUAAGUUAUAAAUGAAAUUGCAUCCUUGGCUUUCUUUGCUCAUUAAGUUUCUGGGUUUUGAAAUGGCUUCACUUUUCCCUCUGCGAAAGUAGGAGAGACAAAGUGUUUUCUACACGUUGAGCCUGAACGCGACCCAGAUGUUGGCUCGCUGGCCAGCAUUUGUACAAGUCCUUAUCACCGAGGACGGGAGAGACGCAUCUAGGAAACCGUGUUUAGAAGCUUCCGUGCACACCCACGAAGGAGCGGUGGUCACCUGACUUGCUUUCCUCCCAUAAACCAGGAAAUGAGACGUGUCUGAGACACCUGUGCAGUGUUGCGCGGGACCGAGCCCGUGGGAGCAGCGAGGCAAACUGGAUCUGUGUUGGGAGCCCCGGGGGCUGGUGGGGCCGGUGGUCGGCUGAGCUGGGGGCGGGCAGAGGCGGAAUCUCCGUAGAGAAAGAGCUCGGAGACCUGGCAGGCACCCCCUAGACUGUUGCUAAAACCCUAGAACAAACAGCUCCUCGCCUGGCCCUGCACAGCGUCCACGAGAGCCCCCAGGGCUCAGCCCCACAAACACGGCGCCCUGUUAAAGGCAGCCACAGCGGCCAGAGACCCGGCAGCGCGACGGGCGGCGUCGUGUCCAAAAUCAGUAGCAGCAGAGGACAGGUGGGUCAGAAGAAACCAGAGAGGGCGGCGGCGGCUGCAGGGAGGGAGCGACUUCCAGGCCUCAUUUGUCCCAAGAACCCUGGCGCUCCGGCUGGGCGUGCAGCGCUAGGGCUGCGGUGGGAUGGCGGGGGGGCGGGCGGGGGGGACUGGCAGACCAGCAGCUGCCCCUGCGGAGCCUGGGGCCCAGGGGCGCAGCUGCCCGAGCUGCCCCACCUGUCACGUGGCAGGAGACAUUUUCCUGGAAAGACCUUUCCCUUGGACAAUCACCCGGAGGCGGCAUCCGGGUUUCCACACCCACAGAACUCGUGCUGUGGCUUCCGUGUAAAAGGGAAGGAGGGCCGAUUCCAUGACCCCUCUCCAUCGGUGCAAGGGAGGCGCGGGCGGCUUUCUCUUCCACUUCCAGUGGACAGAAAAACAGAACUAAACGCAGGCCCCUUCUUCGGCUGCAGGUCCCCUGCCGCCAGCCCUGGGACCCAGGAGCUGGGAAUUUAGUGCCUGAUUAUUUUUAUUUUUAUUUUUUUUUGACAGGCAGAGUGGACAGUGAGAGAGAGAGACAGAGAGAAAGGUCUUCCUUUUGCCGUUGGUUCACCCUCCAAUGGCCGCCGCGGCCAGCGCGCUGCGGCCAGCGCACCGCGCUGAUCGAUGGCAGGAGCCAGGAGCCAGGUGCUUUUCCUGGUCUCCCAUGGGGUGCAGGGCCCAAGCACCUGGGCCAUCCUCCACUGCACUCCCUGGCCACAGCAGAGGGCUGGGCCUGGAAGAGGGGCAACCGGGACAGAAUCCGGGGCCCCGACCGGGACUAGAACCCGGUGUGCCGGCGCCGCUAGGCGGAGGAUUAGCCUAGUGAGCCGCGGCGCCGGCCCUAGUGCCUGAUUAUAGUCUAAUAGCGAUGUGGUCUGUGUGGCUCCCAUGGGGACCUGGUGUGAAAUGUAUGCGCAUAUGAGCUGCCUUCGCACUGAAACCCAGCAGGGUGCUCGGAUGCCACAGAGAGUAACGCGCAUCCCAGGAAGCAGGUGCGCAGGCCCAGAGAAGCUACCAGGCAUCCGGACGCAAGGCUGAGGCGCUCGAGAGAAGUCGAAGAUGCAGCCCAUCAGGCUGGUGUGCUGUGCUGGGGACCCCGACACCACGCACGGGGACGAGGGGGCCGGUGGGGGCUGGUGGGGGCUGCAGAAGGUACAAUCCGACCUGCAGUCCACCUGCGCUGUCACCUCAUUCCUGGGAGAUUCAGCUCUGUAAGGGGUGGGCGUUGUGGCCCAGCGGGUAAACCACUGCUCGCAACACUGGCAUCACAUAUCUGAGUGCCCGCUGCUCCACUUCCAAUCCAGCUCCUUGCCAAUGCACCUGGGAAAGCAGCGGAAGGUGGCCCAAGUGCUUGGGCCCCUGCACCCGCGUGGGACACCCGGAAGAAGCUCCUGGCUCCAGGCUUUGGCCUGACCCAGACCUGGCUGUUGCAGGCAUUUGGGGAGUGAACCAGAGGAUGGAAGAUUGCAAUAUCUUUUUUUAAAAAAGAUUUAUUUAUUUAUUUGAAAGUCAGAGUCACACAGAGAGAGGAGAGGCAGAGAGAGAGAGACAGAGGUUUUCCUUCCUCUGGUUCACUCCCCAAUUGGCCGCAACAGUUGGAGCUGCACAAUAUGAAGCCAGGAGCCAGGAGCUUCCUCCAGGUCACCCAUGCGGGUGCAGGGGCCCAAGGACUUGGGCCAUCUCCCACUGCUUUUCCAGGCCACAGCAGAGAGCUGGAUCAGAAGUGGAGCAGCCGGGACUCGAACCAGCGCCCAUAUGGGAUGCCGUGCUGCAGGCGGCAGCUUUACCCGCUACACCACAGCACCAGCCCCACAAUAUCUUUCUCUGUCUCUUCCUGUCAAUCUGCUUUUCAAAUAGUAAAUAAAUAAAUGCUCUUUUAAAAAAUUCUAAAGAUACAUAUUUUUAUUACUAUAAAGAGAAUAGAUUUCAUGUAUUUCAAAGAUACGAUCCCAAGAACAUACUUGGAAGAUGCAUACUUGGCUCCUUCCUUUUCUUUGAAUUUUGCAAUAACAUACGUUGAAUUUACUUCAUAACCACAGGCUUCAUGCUUCACUAAUAAAGUGUUCAACAAGUGGAAAGACACUGUCCCCAGGGAUAUCAGCAAGGGCUAUGACAAUAAUCAGAUCAUAAGAUGUCCGUUUCCUCCUCUCUAUAUAUUAGUUACCACAAAUCAGAGAAAACAUGCGAUUUGCCUUUUUGGGUGUGGCUGAUUUCCCUAAGCAUCGUGGUCUCCAGCUGCCCACUUUGUUGCCAAAGACCGGACUUGAUUCUUUCCUACCGGGUCUUCACCAGCCAGGGCUGGACCAGGCUGAAGCCAGGAGCCAGGAACCCCAGCACCGCCCCGUGGUGGGGGCCUCAGCACUUGGCCAUCUCUUGCCAACUUGCAGGUGCGGUGUCAGGAGGCCGGGUGGGAGGUGGAGGAGGCAGAACUCCAGGGGGUGCUGGAUACGGGGUGGGGAGUCCUGAGCGGCCGCCCAUUAAGGGAAUGACAGCUGACAUCGCGUGCCUCUGGCUGUUGCAGGCGUUUGGGGAAGGAACCAGUGCAUGGGGGAUCUCUGUGUGUCUCUCCAACAAUUAAGAAGUCAGUAUUAAAUCACCCCGUGGGACUUCCUGGCCCUCUCCACCUGCCACCCUGUCGUGGCUAUACCAGGCCUCCUUGCUUACCCCCGGGAGCCCCACUCCAGGGGUGGGGGUGCAGGGGCAGCAUGGGGAGAAGAGCUGCCCGCAGGACGACCCCCAGCUCCUGUCCCCAAGGCCCCGCGAGGUCUGGCCCUGCCCCACCCCAAGCCUUGUCCCACAGCUCGCAGCCCGGAGCCCUCCGUGUCCCCCACCCAGAGGCCAUCCCUCUUCAUCCUUUUGUUCAGAAGGCAGGGAAAGAGAUGGAGGUCCCACAGCCCAAGUGCCCGCAGGGCCAGGGGGUCUUCCACCUAUGGCAGGGAGGCGACCACGUGAGCUGCCUCCCAGGAGUGACUCGGAGCUGGAGCUGCCCCUGGAACCAGGCACUGCUGUGGGACCAGGCUGUCAACCCCCAGGCCAACGCCUGCCUGCUUCCCUCUUUGACAGUUUCAAAUCCCCUCCCGGCCACACCCGGGCCUCCUGGAAACCCCCAGCCCCUUCCCGUGGCUGAACAUACGUUGGGAAGGCUCCUGCUUGGGUGCAGCUCAUCUACAGAAAGCUACAGCUGCUGUCAUAUUUAAGGACGGAAGUCUCACUGCUUUCUCUGACGUCUGGAACCAGGCAACUGGAGAACUGAGUCAACGCAUCAAACCACAAAAACAGACAAAGAUUAGAAGGAAAUCUAAUCACCAAUGUGACUGUCUACCUGGAAGUUCUCUCUCUCUUUUUAGCAGAUUUAUUUUAUUUGAAAGGCAGAUUUACAGAGAGAGAGAGAGCGCUGUCUUCCAUCCAGUGGUUCGCUCCCCUGAUGGCUCUAACAGCCAGAUCUGCGCCAGGCCGAAGCGAGGAGCUUCCUCUCGGUCCCCACCGUGGAUGCAGGGGGCCCAGCACCCAGGCCAUCUUCUGCUGCUUUCCCAGAUGCAUUAGCAGGGAGCUGGAUCGGAAGUGGAGGAGCCGGGACUUGAAUUGGUGCCCAUAUGGGAUGCCAGCCCUACAGGCAGCGGCUUUACCCAUUAUACCACCACACUGGCCACUACAUGAAAGGGUCUUAAUCACAAAAUAGAACUGGUGAGAACAUUUAGUCCAGGCCGGCGCCUCGGCUCACUAGGCUAAUCCUCCGCCUGCAGUGCUGGCACCCUGGGUUCUGGUCCCCGUCAGGGCACUGGAUUCUGUCCUGGUUGCUCCUCUUCCAGGCCAGCUCUCUGCUGUGGCCCGGGAGGGCAGUGGAGGAUGGCCCAAGUGCUUGGGCCCUGCACUCCAUGGGAGACCAGGAGGAAGCACCUGGCUCCUGGCUUCAGAUCGGUGCAGCCCCCGCUGUAGCAGCCAUUGGGGGGUGAACCAAUGGAAGGAAGACCUUUCUCCCUUUCUCACUAACUCUGCCUGUCAAAAAAAAAAAACAAAAAAACAAAACACACACACACACACACAUUUAGUCCUGGCUCUGCUGAUUCCAGCUUCCUGCCAUUGCAUCCCCUGUGGGGCUGCACUUGGGGUCCCUGCCUGCCACGUGGGAGACUGCAGAAGUCCCGGGCCCCAGCCUCAGCCCGGCCCCACCCAGCCCCGGCUGUGGGAGUGUCUGGGGAGUAAACCAGCAGGUGCAUUUCUCUUUUUCUCUGUUACUCUACCUCUCAAAUAAAUAAAAAUUUAAAAAUAGCAUUUCUAGUUGUAUGAAAAUUCAUCACAAUAGUUAGGAAUUCAUCUAGAGAAAGCUGUAGACUAAAAUGAAAAGUAUAAGACGUGGGUGAGAGAAUUCAAAGUGGUCUACGUAUGCAGAGACACAUGGUGUUUGGGAGUUGGACGAAUCAAUAUUGUGUUUAUUCUUCCCAAGCUGAUCCGUGGAUGCAGUGCAAGCCCCGUUCCCCAGUGGGCUCUGCGGAGAAGACGACAAGCCUGAGUUUGUACUUGGCAAUGCAGACGACCUGCAGACAGACAUGCAGGCAUGGAGGCACAGUGCCGCCGCCGGGUUGCGUGUGUGGCUGGAGGGCCGCCGAACAGCGCAGGGCGGGCAGCUCGCACAGCAAGGGAGCUCCCCUGUCCUGGGGGCCGGGCGCCCGGACCGGAUCGGGCUCCUCUCUUCCUCUGCUUACAGGCGGCACCUGCUGGCACCCCGCAUGGCAUCUUUGAAGUCCUGGCUGUCCCCUCUUAGAAUCACGCCAGUGAGGUUGCACUGGGGGCCCCUCCUCGGGUCCUCGGUUAACCUGAGCUGUGCCCUUAGAGGUCUAACCUCCGCACCCAGCCACGUGGGUGGUCAAGCCUCACUGAGAAUUUGGGGGCCACGAUUCACCUCCCCCCGCAGAGUCCCCUGGCGAGCGGGGAUUUAGGGUGCGGAAGGUUGCAGAACGCCUGAGCUCUCCCAGGGAGCGUCCUGGGCAGGCACAGCUGAGACCAGCGCCAGGACGAGGCCUCACAGCUGCUGGGAGCUGAGCUCACGGCCCCCGGCCCUGCACACCCGACUGAUGUGGGCCUCCCCGCUGGGUACGCACCGGAUCGGGGAGCGUCCCAAGGCAGCUUCUUUGGGGUGGGCACCUAGCCUGCUGGUCAAGACCCCCGCGGGUUCACUUCCCAGCCCCCACUUGCUGCGAAUGCCAUCUCUGAGAGGCAGCCCCGGGGCAGGCUGGGGUGGAGCUGCCGGCCUGUCUCGGCCCCACCCUGGCCAUUGCCGGUGUCUGGGGAGUGAGUCAGCGGCUGGGCGCGCGCUCUCGUGCGUGUGUGUGCGUGUGUCUCUGCCUCUCAACAAAAUUUUAAAGACAGAGGGGUCCUUGCCCCCCACUUACACUUUGCCGUGUCAGGAGCUUGGGCGGUUGUCAGGCUAAAGCGACCUUGCUAAAUGGAGCUGGUUAGUGGGGUGUCCUAGCCCCAUGUGCCUCAUCCCUACAUGCAGGGUCUCCCCACUCAACCACAGGGACGCGCAGGGGGUGAGGGGAAACGGCCACUGUAGACAAGUGCGGAAGUCCAGCGUUCUCAGCCAGGCCCCAGCGUGUGAACUGAGCGGUUUUUCUCCCACUCCAAGUUCCGUGCCUGCUUCAGGGUGCGCCAGCCCAGAGCACCGUGAGGCCAUCUGCCCACUUGCACCCUUCACGCCCAGGCAUCAGCGGUUGGAAGGAGGGGCUGAUGAACAGGGCGGUCCUUUGUGCAGUGGCUUCCGACAGAAAGUGAGGGUGAGGGUGCUGACAGCUGGGCAGAGGCACACUGGAGCUGCCAGCCUCGCGUCUGCUCAGCCGAGCUCCGGGUCACAGGCCCCCUUCCGGCCUGGCUCUGUGGUCCCCCAGCCCCCGCCGCCCCUCCGGACCAGGGAGGGAAGGAAAGACAGUGAGAAGGUGAGAAGGCAGGCAGAGACAGGCACUCCGCGCUCUCAGGGCCGGUGGGGUGGGGGACAGGGCUGAGGGAGAGGCACUGGCUCAGCAGUUCGGGGGGAUCCAGCUGCAGCCCCCUUCUCCCUGCCCCCAGGUCCGUCCUCACCAGGGCUCUGGGAGGAAGUGUGAGGGGUAAGUUUGUUAUCAGAACUUCAAACACAUCUAAAGUCCUUUGACCACUUGAGGCACAAAAAAAAAAAAAAAAAAAAAACACAAACUACAAAAUCCGUAGGAAACUAUCCUCCUUUGCCUUUGAAGUGAGAACCAAAGCAUACUCCAUGCAUUUCUCAUGUUUCUGUGAUAACUUUUUUCUUUUAAAAUUGUUUUAUUUAUUUGAAAAGCAGGCAGAGGGACAGAGAGAGCGAUCUCCCAUCUACUGGUUCACUCCUCAGACGCCCUCAACAAUGGGGUGGGUCAGGGCUGCCACCCGGAGCCGGGAGCCCGGGAACGCAGUCCAAGUCUCCCCGGGACGGCACGGACCCCCACCUGCAGCCUCCCAGGGCGCACAUUAGCAGAGAGCUGGUACUGGGAGCCGAGCUGGGACCCAAACCCAGGCCCUGCAGGUCGGGAUGGGAGUGCCCCAAGAGGCGUGUUAGCCGCGGUGCCCAGUGCGCACCCCCAUUGCUAAGUGAGGGCCCUGGGAGGUGCUGGGGGCCGUGACGCAGCCCCGGUGUCUGUGGGGUCUCUGAGCACCCGGCAGCGUUUAGCUGAGUGCACCUGCUCCCUGCACAGAGUCCGUCUCCCCCAAACAGACGCAUGAUCCUGGGGGGCUUCCGCACUUCUGUCCCACCCCUGCUGAGUCGUGACGGUCCUCAGUCUGUCCCUGCGAGAGGCUUCAUGAACCAGUGGGUACAUUGAGGAGGAUUUAUUUUACAGAAAUGCAAACAAUUUCAAAGUGUUACUAGAAGACCAGGACUUCCUGGUCUAUCCAGAAUUUGAAAAAUAUGUACCUAUUCUCCCACAAUAAAAUAAUAGACAAAGGAACUGCUUCUAGACAUUGGAUUUUAAAAGGUAGGGGGCAGGCAUUGUGGUAGAGCAGGUUAAGCUGCCGCUGUAACGCCGGCAUCCCGUAUCAGGCCAACAUCGUAUCAUCAGGCCAGCAUCUGUACCAGAGCACUGGCUCCAGUCCCAGCUGCCCCACUUCUGAUCCAGCAACUGUGCCUGGGAGCACAAUGGAAGUUGGCCCGCGUCCUUGAGCCCUUGUCACUCAAGCGGGAGACCCUGAUGGAGUUCCAGGCUCCUGGCUUUAGCCUGGCCCAGAACUGGCUCUCGUGUCUACCAGGGGAGUCUCCCCAUGUGGGUGCAGGGGCCCAAGCACUUGGGCCAUCUUCUACUGUUUUCCCAGGCCAUAGCAGAGAGCUGGAUUGGAAGUAGAGCAGCCGGGACUCGAACCGGUGCCCAUAUGGGAUGCCAGCGCCAAAGGCAGAGGCUUAGCCCACUACACCACAGCGUCAGCCCCGUUUGCACAUUGCAGUAGGCUCCUUGCUUGCACCUCAGCUGUCCCAGUGUGGGUGUUUCCUGGAGCUGCCAGAGUAGGUAUUCCGGAAGUGUAGGGCUGUGAACCAAGAAAAAGCAUCAAUGUAAGGGAGGAGUGAGGUCAACCUGGCCGAGCAAUCAGGUGUCCCUCAGAGGGGGCUUCUUGAAGGCGCCCAGGAGAACAAGCUAGGGGCACGUAUGGGAAGAAAAGAGGCAACCAGAAAUUUCAGGAAAAAUUGAAGGCCAAACAGCCUGGCCUCAUUAGAACAGCAGUGAGCGGGCUCCAAGACCAACAGCGUAAGUUCCCACCUACAGAUAAGGGCAGGGUAAGACAAUGUCCGGAGGUGCACUUUCAACACAGGAUGGAAAGUUACCUGGGAUGACUGGCAGGUGUGGCGAAACUCGCUGGCCAACAGGAUGCUAUGGAGUGACCAACUCGCAAGAGGAAGUUAAGGGACAGAGAGCCUAGGAGGCACCUGGGAAGACGGAGCGCCCGCAGUACCGGGAUGAGGAAGGGAGGGAGGGACCUGCCCUACAGGACGUCACCGCUUGUGUGACUGCGCCAGGCAGCCCGCUCCGCAGACCCCUGAUCUGCAAGCCUGGUGACAGUAAAGUCCACUCCGAGUGUGAGUCCAUCUCGAGUGGGCAGAGGAGGGUCUCUCCCACAUCUGCGGGGUUCAGUGAAGACAGCUGGUUCUCCUCACGAAGGUCGUGGCGCCGUGACCACGGAGAAACCUGGGGAAUCAUCAGGCACCAUGGUGUGGCCUCGAGGGGUAGCACGAGGGGGAUUCCCACUGCGGCUGUGCCGUGGAUGGGAGCAGUGCCCAGGGCGCCAGGCCUUUGCUGCCUGCCGGGAUGGAGGUUCUGUUGCAGCCACACCUUGGAGGCCAGCCGGGUUUGGGGCAGAGACGCAGCGGCCAGCAGGUGACCCGAGCCUCAGGUUGACUCAGCAAGCACAAAUCUUGAUCAGGGUUUAGUCUCACGGCCUUGGGGAUGUUAGUUCACUUUAGGUCUGCACCCUUUCUACUUGACAGGGCACUUGGGGAAAUGAAAAGCCACAGAGCUUGGAAGCACUCAAUUCAGCAUCACAACACAGCUACAAGGAAAAACCAGGCUGGAAGACAGCGCGGGGCGGAGCACGGGCUGGGGUUUGAGGAAGGGCAGCCGGGAGCUAGGGCAGUAGGCUCAGAAGCCCCCAGGUAGGGGUGUGUGGUUCUUGUCCUGGAGUCUGGGUUCUGUUCAGGGAGACCCCACCACGCGCCAGCGCACUGCAGGGCUGGGGAAGGGGAGAGGCUGGCUGGGAUGGCGUGAGCCCAGGUGUGAGGGGCUCCUGGGUGCAGGUGGCGGUGAGCACAGGGGCUCAGCCCGGGGCGGGGACCUGCUGGGGCACCCCCACCCCUCAGGGAAGACCUGUGGAGGGGCCAGCCUGGGCCCAGAGUUCCCAGCCGCUGGAGCUGAAAGGGAGGGGUGGAAUAGAGGCACCGGAUGCCCGGGCCCGGCCAGGAGCAGGACCUCCGGGUGCACGGGGACUGCAGCACCAGUGUUUAACAAGGGCGCACCUGCAAGCUUACUGCCUACUGAUGUGGCAGUGACCCAGCGUUGCUGGUCUCGGGCCACAGCCCCAAGCCCACCCCCACCUCACAGUGGCCAUUUCAGGGGCCUGCUGAGCCCCGACCCCACCGCACCCCCGAGGCUCUGCUCCGGCUGUGCCGAUGUCUAUGGAGUAAACGCUACCCCUAGAGCUGACAGUUUAAGAACAGUAGUAAUUAGGAGGCAAUUCAAAAUGCUUAAAUAUUCAUUUUCACAGGCUUGACAGGCAGGGCCAGUGCUGUGGCAUAGCAGGUUAAGCUGUGGCCUACAGAGCUGCCAUCCUUAUGGGUGCGUCUGUCCCCGCUGCUCCACUUCCGAUCCAGCUCUCUGCUAUGGCCUGGGAAAGCAGCAGCAGAUGGCCCAAGUGCUUGGGCCCCUGCACCCACGUGGGAGACCCAAAAGAAGCUCCUGGCUCUGGCCUGGCCAGGCCCAGCACUGGCCUUUGCAGCCAUCUGGAUAACGAACCAGCAGAUGGACAAUGUAACUCCGCCUUUCAAAUAAAUCUUAAAAAAAAAAAAAAAAAAAAAAAAAAAAAGUGACAGCGAGCCAGGCAGGGAGGGAGGGAAAAAAACCUCCUUGAAAUCUGCUGGUUCAUUCUGCAAAUGCCCACAACAGCUAGGGCUGAGCUGGCUGGAGCCAGGAGCCCAGAGCUCGGCCCAGGGCUCCUACAGGGCGGGCAGCGGUCCAAGCACAGGGGCCUCUCAAGAUGCAGAGCAGGAAACUGGAUCAGAAGUGGAGCAGCCAGGACUUGAACCAGACACUGUGAGAGAUGAGCGUGUCGCAAGUGGUGGCUUAAUCUGCUGCACAAUACCCACCCCUGAAAUUCAGAUUUCAGUAGCAGUGUGUAACAGCCAGCUCACAUCGAGCCUGUGAGCUCUUGUACUCCACCUUCACACGUGCUGUGGAGAUGGCCGAACAGGUCCCUGACAGAUGGCCCUACUGCUCAGUACUACUGCCCCCUACUGCCCAGGCCCGGUACCUUCAAGACAACCCAGGGAAGUCUUAGUUUACCUUCCUUGAUGAUGGCUACUGAACAACCUUGGCCACUGAGAUGGCUACAAGCCACCUGGGUAUUUGUGAAGCACCUAUUUGAACCUUUGGCUGUUUAUAUACUGCUUUUACAACACUUCCUUCUAUAUUCUGGAGUCUUUUUGACUCUGACUUAGCAGCUUCUGAUACUUGGGUUAAUGCCUUUUGUUUCCUAGUAAAUCCCUACCUCAUGGGCAGAAGACUGUUCUCUUGUAGGAGCUGUGUCCUUCCUUUCAUACUUGCAACUGUGACCCACCUGGGACCGAGGGGCCAAGGCACACUCUCCCACAGGGACAGCCAAAAUCUUCCUCUGAAUUGGGAUUUUAGCUUACUAGAGUUGUUUAAUUUUAUUUUUUGAUAUACAUUAUUUUAACUUUAAAGUUGGAAAAGGGAGACAGUGAAAAAGUGGAGGCAAUGAGGGGAUGAACUAGAAAGUUCUCCCCUGCGUGGGGGAGUCGGUGAGGACCAGCCAGGCAGGACUCUGAACCUAAACCUAACUGGACAGGAGGGACUGACGCAGAGCUGCCCAGAGAGGUGAUGCAGGGCAGCCAGGGAGAUAGGACCCCCCCACCCCCCCGGCAGGCGGAGGCUGUGCCUCUCCUCAAUCCAUGGUGUCAGAGUGAGAGAACAAGGCACUAGGCAUGGGCACGGUGGCACCCGGCCAUGUUCUUAGUGACUCUAAUGAUGUCGCCUGCUGAGCCAGGGAGCCUUCCACUUCCCGCCUGCCUCGGCCUGCCGGGCCAGAGGGGGUCUCCGGCCCUACCUGGCCUUCCCUUUGCAGCCUCGUCUGCAGGUCCCUCGUGGUGACAGAACAUCUCUUCCCUCUCCCUUAAUCCACAUCUCCAGGGCGCCAGCUGCCCAAACAGCCAUUUCAGGGUUUCUUGCCUCGUUCUCCCUGAGGUGUGUUUGGCACUGCUUGGUGUCACUGCAGUUUGUAUUGGAUUCUCCAUCAUCCCUCACUCAGACUAAGAAUCUCAGCAGAGAAACAGCAGCUGAAUUUUAGAGGGACAGUCACUGCUUUGUCACUCAUUAUUUAAUACUUUGAAUAUACUUGAACACACAGGGGACAGAGUGUUACGAUUGCUUUCUUUUGUCAUCUUUUGGUUCUCCGCAUAUUCAAAGGGCCCUCUAGAAGGGAAGCCUUCUUCAUUAGCCUCAGUGGUUCAUGAAUCCACAGAUACCUUAAGUAACAUGCUAUUCAUUUUCAACAUCCUUCUACGUAUCCACACAAAGAAACUUACUUUAGCCUGACAGUAAAUUCUCAAAUUUAAACAGUUGGUCUUGCAAACUUGAGUUUGGGAAACUUUUUAAAAUCUAUUUGAAAAGCAGAGUUAGAGGGAGAAGGGGAGAGACAGAGAUUGCCCAUCUGCUGGCUAACUUCUCAAAUGGCUGCAACAACCAGGGUUGAGCCAGGCUGAGACCAGGUCUCUCCCGGGUCUCCCAUGUGGGGACAGGGGCCUACAGAUUGAGGCCACCUUCCACUGCUUUCCCCAGCUGCAUCAGCAGGGAGCUGGAUCGGAAGUGGAGCAGCUGAGACACGAGCCGGUGCCCAUCUGGGAUGCUGGCGUUGCAGGCGGUGGCUUAACACCUGCUACACCAAGGCUGCCCCUCCAUCCCCCGUCCCUUUCUUUAGAGAUUUAGUUUUCAUUUAUUUGAAAGGCAGAGUUACAGAAAGAGAAGGAGAGAUCUCCCGUCCACUGGUUCACUGGCUGGGGCAGUGGUCUGACCCACUGCACCGCAACGGCGGCCCUGACUGGGAACCUCCUACAGGCACAAUGAAUUCCCUGGCCCAGCUUCUGAAGCGCCCUCGGAUCCUGGUCAGACUCCUCAGACAGCGUGGCUGUUUUUCCAAAGGAAGUCACUUUUUAAACAUCAGCGUAACACACAGGUACUGCAUUUUCAAGUGGAUUGCAUUUUACAAUUACCGGAGAGAAGGAAUGGACAAGAAUGACAACAAACUGCUACUAUUUUAGAAUGCUCUUUAUUCUGGAAGCUACUGGACAGAUGUAAGGCAUGGUCACAAGGAAGUGGAGUUGGGGACAAAACACAUUUUCUCACUCGAGAGCUGCUCUUCUCCCUCCUACCUGUUGCUACAAAUUGGCCCCGCUGUAUUUUAGUAUCCACAGCUCUCAGCUAUGACAGAUAUGCACACAGUGUUUUAGGGACCACCAAACAGAAUGUUUUCCAAAUAAGGACUUCUACGGACUAAGUCACUAAGACAUCAGAACUCACAUUGACGGAAGAGAGGCAAGUGACCAGAUCAGCUCGUCCGUGUGUGCCUUGGGGUUUCCGGUCGAACAAAGAACCCAAGUCUCUGAUCCUUCGUGUUUGAGAGUGAUGGAAUGUGUCCAGGACGCAUGUUUCCUACUCAGCACUGUCAACAGGUCACUAGAAGACAGCUACUGCUUAAAUAUUUUCUAACGCAGUGACAGAUUUGUUCUCAGGCCACAGCACAAGACUGCAUGCAUUCACUUUACGCGGAUGUCAGACACAAGCAGCGGUAACACAGACGCCCAGGGUGGUCUGACGACGCGAGUUUCUCUUUUGGUGAUGGGGUACGGGAGGGGGAUGCUGAUGACUGCACAGCGCCUGUGCUCAGCCCUGCGCUGCACGCACGUACCAAGCGCCUGCUGACGGCCUAAGACAGGACAAACGCCACCACCGAGAACAGUGGAGUGCUCAAAGAUAAGUUCCAAACGUGGGCUGGAAUGGCGAACUGCCAGCCUCAAUUUUAGGGGUAAAAAAAGUCUUGGUUGAUAAUAAUAAUAAAUAAAAAGUUAUUUGUAACUAGUUUUCAAAAAUCAGAAUUCACCUUUAAAAGGUGAAAAACAUUUAAAUGUAUGCAAAAAUUCUAAAAGUAAAAUUUUAAAGGUUAUGCAAAGAAAAUAAAAUAAUGAAAUGAAAAAUCAAAAGCACAUGGUAUUUCACGAAGAGGAAAUUUUAAUCUUUAGGUCAACAACAGCCAAUACUUUUACAUUAAUUAUAUAUUAUUAAAAUGUGGUUUGCUUUAGCCCACUUCUAGAAUCUGAAGAAAAUGUGAGUAUUUUCAGGAGUAUUGAAUCUUACAAAAAUCUGAAAAGGUCAGUAUCAUCUCUCUUGCGGAGCUGCUAGAGAGAUUUUCCUAAAAAGGGGCACCUGAGCAGGUCAAGAGUCGUCUGGUUCCUGUCCAGCCCAGGCGCCACCCCAGGGCCUCGGCAGCGGCCUCACCAGUGCGGGACUGGGGCACGUCAUUUUCUCAGCCACUACUUGGCUAUCACCAAAAUGUUUACUCAGAGUGGGGAAAAUUACGCAAUACACUGGGGCACAAUGUAAGAAUCUUCAAAUGUUGCUCUUUUAAACCGAAGGUCAUCCAUUUCACAUUCAGAUGCUGUGGAUUAGGCUUCAGAGAAGUGUGAACACCUGGCAGGACGGAGGGGUUCCCGACUUCCACUGGGCUGGCCUCUUCCACGAGGGGCGGCUACUCCUCUGCCUGGAGGUCGCAGCUGGGGCAGGCGGGGCAGCCAGGGCAGCCGUUCUGCCCUUUCAGCCACUGCUUAAAGCACUGAAAAAGAGGAGACAGUCAGUCGGUGCCGUAGACCCCGGGGACGCUCGGCUCUCCGGCUGCCCUGUGGGAGGCAGGGCUAACUUCCACCCAAGUCUGGCAAGGCCUGGAGCCAGCGCCCAGGACUCAGGAACACUGAUGCCUGCUCAGACCAGAAUAAUCCCACUUUACAGUCCGACCCAUGAACACUCUGGGCUCUGAACUGGCCUUAGGGAGUGGCCCUGUCCUCUCCCCGACACUGGCUCCAAUCUUGGCUGCUCUGACUUCUACAAGAGGCAUUUUCUUGGCCGUUGGACUUGAUCUGAUUCUUAGCCAGCCCUCUGCCUAGUCUUGGCCCUUGAACGACCCCCUAGCCAGUCUGCCACGUUCCCUCUUGCUCUUGCCUGGACUGCUGCUGCUGGUCUACAUGGAAAGUUAGGGAGCCUGGGCACAAGACCCCACCGGAAGGAGGCAGAGUUUGGACAGAGACUCCGCAAGCUCCCUGAUUCCUUCUAGUGGGUACGCUGUCUUCAUCUGUCCUCACGGAACACACUGACACGGCAGGGACCUGAUCUGUCCUGACCCUGCAGCGGGUGCAUGGCGAAUGUUCACAGAACCCAGACACCACGGUGGUUAGCACAGGAACUGUGGAGGCCAUAACCCAGAAUCCUCCAGGGUCAGGCAGAAGGGACGUUGCCAGGUGCAGUUUUUCUCCUAAAGAACGUUCAGCCGACGUCAUGAACCACACGGACAAGUGGCUGCUCAAGUGUUGGGCUGUGUGUGUAAGGAGGAAGCGGACACUGCUGCCUUGACUCUCAGUCCAGCAGGGUGGAUGCGGAGCAAGGGCAGUGCGGCGGCUGGGGCUGCUCUCCCCUGCCCGCAGCACCAGUCUCUCUGGGCACACGGGGAGUGCUGGUGCCUUCCUGUUCAGUCCCACAGCACCUGCCAGUCAGCGGGGACAGAGGGCAGCCGGACGGAGUCCUUACCCCCUUGUGAAGCUUGUGUCCACACUUCAGCACACGCACAUUUUUGGACUGGAACACCUCGUGGCAUAUUUCACAGGAACUUGCACUGGAUGCCUGUGGAAGCAAACAUAUUUGAGUAUUAAAGAAUAACUAUUUCAUCUGGCGCUGUGGCUCACUUGGCUAAUCCUCUGCCUGCGGCGCCGGCACACUGGGUUCUAGUCCCGGUCGGGGCGCUGGAUUCUGUCCCGGUUGCCCCUCUUCCAGGCCAGCUCUCUGCUGUGGCCCGGGAGUGCAGUGGAGGAUGGCCCAGGUGCUUGGGCCCUGCACCCCAUGGGAGACCAGGAGAAGCACCUGGCUCCUGGCUUCGGAUCAGCGCAGUGUGCCGGCCGCAGCAGCCAUUUGAGGGGUGAACCAACGGAAAAGGAAGACCUUUCUCUCUCUCUCUCUUUUACUAUCUAACUCUGCCUGUCAAAAAAAAAAAAAAAAGAAUAACUGUAUUUCUGUUAUGGUAAGAGCACUCCUACAAGGGAAAUUCAAACACUUUUGCCACAAAUGGGAGCAAAUGAUUCCUAAUUAUGGAUAAGCAGCUGGAGGAAAUACACUUUUAAAAAGCAUUUCAUAAUA